AUGGCUCCUGCAGUCAGUCACUCCGUCCUCCCCGCUUCGAAGAAGCUUGCCUUCACAGACAACUACUUCGGUCCGCCCAAGAGCAACGAUAUUUCCAAGUUUCGCGCUUUGGUCCCAACGGUCACAAAAGAGGAUGUGCACUAUCUGAAUGCCUCAUUCCAGCCUCCCAUGAACCUACGGGUUCGAGAUGCGAUCGAAGAAUUCCUAGACCAGGCCACCGGCGCCCCACAUUCAAAGCCAGGCUGGCAAGCUACCGCACGAGAGGCACAAGAGUUACUCUCAUCCUACCUUCACGUCCCUAUCGACUCUCUUGUCUUCACCCGCGACACAACAGAGGGUCUCAACCUGUUCCAGCGCUCUAUUUCAUUCGAAUCCGGAGCUAAUGUUGUUCUCCUGGACAGUGAGCAUCCUAACCAUGUCUAUGGAUGGCUUGGGUUGGUUAGCCGGGGUUUGGAAGUCCGAAUGGUUGAAACAAAUGGUAGCACUUUCGCCAAUGCAGACACAUUUGCUUCAUACGUCGAUGAAAAAACCAUUGCUAUCGGUCUAUCUUCGAUCAUGUUCCAUUCAGGGCAGCUGAAUGACGUCCAGGAUAUCUGCAAUACUUUCCGCCAGAAGGGUGUGCAUGUCCUAGUUGACCUGACGCAGCAUGUUGGUGUCGCUCCUCUCAACCUCACGGAAUGGGACGUCUCCGCUGCUGCUUUUGGUUGUCAUAAGGGGUUGGGUUGCCCCAGUGGUCUGGGCGCGUUGUAUAUCAAUCCCAGCGUGCUGCCUGAGCUGAAACCCACUCCUCCAAUUGUCGGGGCUGGUGCAAUUGCGAAACUUCCUUCCACAUUGCUCGCCAACCCAGAUGUGGAGUAUCACUCCUCUACUCAGCGCUAUGGUCACCUCAAUCUGUCCCUAGUGAGUGCUUUGUCUCUGAAGGCAUCCCUCAAGCUCUUAUGUGAAGAGAUUGGACUAGAAAAUAUUGAAGCGCACCUCCGAUCGCUUGGCUGGGAGCUCGCUCAGCGUGUGGCUCCUCUGGGGGUGAAGGUUUUGGGCAGCAGAUCUGCCAAUGAACGGGCACCGCAUCUUUACUCUCACUCUUUUGCAUCCAAGGUGGGAACAACACUUCAAGAAGGAAGGAAUCUAUGUCUCACACUAUCGCUGUGGAGUAAGAGUCUCGUUCGGGUUUUACAACAACGUUGGCGAUGUAAAGGAUCUGGCGGAGUCGAUUCAGAGAGGUCUAGACUCGGGCAUCCCUUGUGA